CCAGGCUGGGUGUUGACUCCAGGAACAAUGGAAAAGAAAAUGUAUGCCCAGAUCCUUGCCCUGGCAGUGGCCAUGGCACAUUACAGAGCCAUGGCUGUUCACGAAGUGUGCAGGACAGCAGAGGUGGCCGAUGUCCUGUUCCUCGUGGGGCAUUCCCAGGGGGCAGGGAGAGAGAGCUCCCAACUGCUCAAGGACUUCAUCAGCAGCAUGGCUCGCUCCUUUGAGAAUGUGGUGAUGGGCAAAGGAGGCAUCCGGCUGGCUGUGGCACUCUAUGGAGAGAAACCAAGGAUGUGUAUUGAACUGACAGACUACGUGACCAUCGAAGAAAUGCUGGUGGCAAUUCAGGAAAUUUCAAUCAAAGGCAGCAGCUUGAAAGUGGGGUCUGCCCUGGCAUUUGCAGCUCACGCCAUGUCUCGCCCAGACAUGCUGCGAGAGGAUGCAGCAAAGGUCGUUGUUUUGAUCACGAGUGGGAAAUCCAGUGAUUUGGUUGAAGACAAAGCCCAAGUCCUGCAGGAUGCAGGAGUGACCGUGUUUGCUGUUGGAAUUAAAGAUGCUGACAAGCAUGAACUGAGCAAAAUAGCUUCGGAACCCACAGCAGAGCAUGUGAUUUAUGUUGAUGACUUUCACCUGCUCCACAAUGCAGCCCAGAAACUCUCACGAAGGCUCUGUUUCACUGCCUCGGAGCCCCCACGGCCCAUCAAACAACCUCUGCAAGCUGAGAAGAUCAUUGGCCCCCGGGAUCUGCGUGUCAGUGAGCACAGCCACAGCUCACUGAGGUUCACAUGGAUGGCAGCUACGGGGAGGGUGAUGGGGUACCGUGUCCACGUGUAUCCCUUGUUGCCUUCAGGACAGCCAGUUUUGGAGGAUCAGCAGCAGAUUUUGGUGGAUGGUGACAAAUGCACUGUGCUGGUGACUGAUCUGAAACCCAACACCAAGUACAUCUUCACAGUGAGAGCCAUCUAUAGAGAUGCCCUCGGGGAGUCAGCAGCUGUCAAGGGGAAAACCACACCAGUGCCUCCAGUCACUAAUUUCCGUGUGAUUGAAGAAGGACUUUUUAGCUUGAAGGUUGCUUGGACUCCUCCCCUGGGCAAGCUGGAAGGCUACAAAGUCUACAUCCCCGGAGCCAAAAGACCUGGAAUGACCUAUGAGCGGGUUUUGCAGGGUGAUGUCUCCUCCCACAUGCUAGAUAACUUGCAGGAGGAUAAAGAGUACAGCAUCAGCAUCUAUGCAGUGUACCCCCAGGGUCCAAGCCAGCCCGUGACUGCCAUGGGGAGAACAUUGAAGCUCCUGCCUGUGAAGAGCAUCUUGCUGCAGAAUGAGACCACUGAUACACUCCAGGUGCGGUGGAGCUCCGUCCGGGGAGCAACAGGCUACAGGCUCACCUGGACAUCAGCAGAUGGCAGCAUCCAGGAUGUGAACCUCAGCAGCACCUACAGCUACUACAUGAUCCAGGGGCUGCAGCCUGGCACAGAAUACACUGUCACCAUCAACCCCAUCUUUGGAGAUGUUGAGGGGCCAGUGGUGAGCAGAAAAGCAACCACAGUGGCUUCAAGCACUGUGCAGAUGUUGAAUGUGAGUGAGAUAUCCACCAAUGGUGCUCUGGUCUCCUGGGACUCGGUUGCUGGGGCCACUGGGUACCGAGUGGCUUGGGGUCCUACACCAGAAUUCUUUGGGAAAGACCGACCUCGGCAGCUGGCCCUCAACAAUUCAAUCACAACCUACCAGCUCCGCAACCUGGCCCAUGACACUGAGUAUGUGAUUUCCCUCUAUGUGCUUUUUGGCACAGUGGAAGGACCAGGGAUCACAACCACAGCCAGGACAUCUCCUCUUGGCUACAUCUCCAAUUUUAAGGUGACAUCCUACACCAGCUCAAGCCUGUCUCUGGCAUGGAACGCCAUGUUGGCUGCCACCAAAUUCAAAGUCACCUGGAGACCUGUGGGAGCCAGCAAUGGAAAACAGGUGGCCAAGACUCAAUACCUGGGCAGCAGGUUGUUGGCUCAUCAGAUUGAUCACCUGCUACCUGACACCCUGUAUAAAGUCAGCAUUAGGGCUGUCUUCAGCAAGACUGAAGGGCCAGAGGUGACUCUGACUCACCGCACAGCUUCUCUCGCAGACUCCAGCCCCAUCCACACCAUCCAAGAUCUGAGGAUUACCAACACUGCUGUCAAUAGUUUGAAGCUGUCUUGGAGAAGGCUUCCAGAGGCAACUCACUAUAAGAUAUCCUGGGUGCCACUCAGCAGUGGCUUGGAAACAUCACAGUUAGUUGGAGCUGAGAGCAACUCAUUCACCAUCCCCAAGCUGAAGGAGAGCACCACGUACACCAUUGCUGUGUCAGCAGUGAUUGGAGGACAGGAGGGAAACCCCACACUACUCACAGCCAAAACUUUGGAUUUACCCAAAGUGACUGAGUUCACUAUGCAGGAAGCUGCAGAGACCAGUGUUUUGCUGACUUGGACUGCUGUUCCUGGAGUAUCCACAUACCUACUAACAUGGUGCUUGUCCUCAGCUUCUGAUCUUUCCCUGGAAGUGCUAUCAGCAGCUUUGAGAUCAUAUCGAGUGACAGGACUGAGCUCUGAGGAGACGUAUUUGUUUUCUAUAAGACCAGUCUUUGGAGAUAGAGAGGGACCAGAGACAACACUCAUUGGGCAAACAGCUGGACCUCACGGCGAUUCACCUCCACCAGUCUUUCCCGUGACUUCUGCAAAAGUGGCUAUGAUGAAAUCCCCAUCUCCAAGCAAUGUGAAGACCAUUCCUCUUCCAUCAGCCACCACUACAUUACAACCAACCCUAAACACCCUCCUGUCAUCUACCACAGCUUCUGCACUGCUGACAGCUCUCCCUGGUCCAAUCUGUGGCAAGUUCAAAGCAGACAUUGGGUUCCUGGUGGAUGAAUCCUCAAGUAUUGGCUGGAGUAAUUUCAACAAAGUGAAGGAUUUCCUCUUCCGGAUCAUUUCCUAUUUCCCUAAGAUUGGGCCUGAAGGGACACAGGUUGCUGUUGCACAGUAUAGUGAGGAGCCCAGAGCAGCAUUCCACUUCAACCAGCAUCAGGACCGCAAAGGUGCUCUGAAAGCUGUCAAGGAGCUGCACUAUGCUGGAGGCAACACAAAAACAGGUCGUGGUAUAGCCUUUAUGCUAAAGGAAUUAUUUCAACCCUCCAGAGGGAUGAGACCAGAGUUCCCUCAUGUGCUGAUGCUUGUGACUGAUGGGCGAUCCCAGGAUGAUGUGUUGCCACCUGCCAGAGCAGCCCAUGCUUUGGGAAUCCGCAUCAUUGCUGUGGGUGUCUCGGGAGCUGACCCUGCUGAGCUCAACGACAUUUUACUGCAGCAGAAUCUCCAGAAUGUUUUCUAUGUGAGCACAUUUGAUGAGUUCCCCCAUAUUCUCCGAGAGCUAAUAGAAGUCAUUUGCUCUGACCUUCAGCCCUCAAGGGCCCCACUGCCAUCUGGGGAGGUUGCCAGACCUGAAGCUGACAAGCAAUUGCCAUUUGAUGACACAGACAACAAGGUACACCUCCCCGAUCCAUCACCAGCUGAACCAGACAUCAAGAAAGGAGUGGAGGCUUGUGGUCCCUGGUGUCUAAAGAACUCCAGGGGCUCACCAGCUCGUGGAGGUUAUGACCCAUAUGGGUUUACUAUGAAGGGAGAGAAAGGAGAGAGGGGUCUACCUGGGAAGGAUGGCAUUCCUGGACUGCCAGGUAGACCUGGACGAACAGGUCCUCCUGGUCCCCCUGGACUCAUGGGUCUCCCUGGCAUCCAAGGUGAUACUGGAUCUCCAGGCUAUCCGGGACCAGUGGGGCCAAAAGGUGACAGGGGAGAACCUGGUUAUGUCCUGGGAGGAGUGGAGGUGAUUCCUGGCCGAAAUGGGCAUCCUGGUCCCCCUGGACAGAAAGGACAGCCAGGAGUUCCUGGGGUAGCAGGACCACAGGGUUUACCUGGCUUACCAGGACCACAGGGACCACCAGGCAUCUCCAUCAAGGGUGAACCAGGGGAUUCAGGUCUCAGGGGCCCUCGUGGAAAGAAUGGCAUCAAAGGGGACAGAGGAGGCAUGGGAGAGCAGGGGAAACCUGGCUUGCCAGGCCCUGUAGGGCUGGAUGGUGUUCCUGGACUGCCUGGACCAAAGGGAGAAAAGGGAGAAAAGGGGAUGGCAGGAAUUGGCAUUCCUGGCACUGCUGGCCCAAAGGGGGAAGAAGGACAGCAGGGGGUGAUGGGCCCUCCAGGAGUACCUGGACCAAAGGGACUUCCAGGACCUCCAGGGCAGAAGGGAGUCCAAGUUUUGGGACCACCAGGCAAGAAAGGUGUCAGGGGAGAUAUUGGACCAACGGGGGCCCCGGGACCACAAGGAGACAAAGGAAUACAAGGAGACAAAGGAGAGAAGGGAAAUCCAGGUUUUGGCAUUCCUGGUCAACCAGGUCUGAAGGGAGACACGGGGGACAGGGGAAACGUAGGCUUGUCUGGCAGACCAGGUUACAAGGGGGAAAUAGGUCCGAAGGGAGAGAAAGGUGAACCAGGAUUACCUGGGAAACCAGGCGAGAACGGCCUAAGAGGUAAAGAUGGAGAACCAGGGAAGAAAGGCAUCUCUGGGAUGAAGGGAGAAGCUGGUGCCCCAGGAGAACCAGGAGAGAGAGGAAUGAGGGGUCCACUUGGACUCCCAGGACGACCUGGAGAGCAGGGGAUAAAAGGCGACCCAGGAGAACCUGGAAAGGAUGGAAUUACUGGAGAGAAGGGAGACAAGGGUGAAUCUGGUAUGCCCGGGCUGCCUGGGACUCCUGGAAGCAUUAUGUCUUCUCUGGAGAAUACCAUCACCCUGAAAGGGGAAAAGGGAGAUCGAGGGAAGGAUGGUUUGAAAGGUGAAAGAGGUCCUCCAGGCCCAAAGGGAGACCCUGGUCCACCAGGAAAAGGAGUGGAAAUGAAGGAUCUGGAGAGACUUUUUGAAGAAAAUGGUAUCAAGCUGGCAUUGUUGAAGGACCUCUCCAACGCAAUCCUGCAGGAGGGGCUGGAUUGGCUGAUGCAGCACUUGGGUAGCUCCAAGACCUCCAGGAGAAAGCAGGCACUUCCAUACACACCCAAACAUGACGGUUCAUUGACAGUUGAUACUUCUCAUGAUGUCCUGACCAGCACUGGGGUGACAGAAGAAGCACAGAGUCUGGCAGUGGACACUCCAUUUAGGGUGCUGGUGUCUGAAGGACUCCCUAAGGGUCCAUCUGCUGAUGGUUCUGACUCCGAGCACCAACUCCUGGGGAACACUCCUGAAUCAUUGGAGUCUGAGGAGAGAAGGAGAGAGGGAGACUCAAAAGUGACAAAUAUCUCUCUCAGCAGUAGCUUCUCUGUGCCCUCACCACAUCCAGAAGGUGAUCUGGAAGGAAACCUGUCCAUAGAGCUUCUUGAAUCCCUGGAGGAAAGAGUGGAAGGACAACCACAAGAGGACAACAGUCUUGAAAACAUGAGUUCAGAAGAUGGCUCUGCACUCCCAAGGCAUCCUAGAGCCAGGAGAUCAACCCAGCAUGACAGACACAUGGUUCACCCUCCUGGUGCCCCAGGAGCUCCAAAAUCUCCAUCUGGAUCCAUGACAUACCCAGGUCCUCAGCGCCCAAGGAGAAUUAAGAAGGAGGAAAUGGGCCCUCCAGUUCCGCUCUACCAUUGCCAAAAGGGAGAAAUGGGAGCUCCAGGAGCCCGUGGAAACAAAGGAGAAAAGGGGCAGCCUGGGGAGAUGGGGGAGCCUGGAGAAAAGGGCACCAAAGGAGACAGAGGUGAAAGCGGUCAGAAGGGAGAACCAGGAAUUGGGUUCAGAGGCCCUGUUGGUCAGGCUGGACCCCCAGGAUUUAAGGGUGAGCCAGGGGCUCCAGGACCCCCAGGAGCCCAGGGCAUUCAAGGCAUUCGUGGCAACACUGGCAUUCCUGGCUCACAGGGAGACAGAGGGGCUCCAGGUCUACCUGGGACACCAGGACAGAAGGGUGAGAGUGGGAAGAGAGGCCGGAAUGGACUUGCUGGACCUGCAGGACCAUCAGGAUCCCCAGGAAAAGAGGGGAUUCCUGGGACACCUGGGCCCAAAGGCAGCAAGGGAGAAACUGGGAUUGGAGCUGUUGGUCCAAGAGGUCCCCGAGGAUUGCCAGGUUCUCAAGGUGAUGAGGGCAUCAUGGGAGUCCAGGGCCCCAUUGGUAUGAUGGGUCUAAAAGGUCUCCCAGGUGUGAAAGGCGAAAGAGGUGAUCGGGGACUUCUAGGACCCAAGGGAGAAAGAGGUGAGACCAUGACUGGUUUUGGACCCCAAGGCUACAAAGGCAGUAAAGGAGAUCCUGGUGAACAAGGCCUGCCAGGUUUUGAUGGAGACAAAGGCGAGAAGGGAGAGGAUGGGCCUGCAGGAGAAAAGGGAAUCAGAGGUGAAGCUGGCUCCAAGGGAGCCAUGGGGCUUUUUGGAACAAGAGGACCAGUGGGGCAGAAAGGGGAGCCAGGAGAACCAGGCCUGCUGGGCUCUGCCGGUACAGCAGGCCUUGAUGGGAAGAAUGGAAUCAAGGGAGCCAAAGGUGACAGAGGUCUUCAGGGACAGAAGGGGAAGCCAGGAGAAAAAGGUGAUCCUGGGAUCACUGGGGACAUCGGGCGGAAAGGAACAAAGGGCUUACGUGGGCUGCCAGGACGCAUUGGUGCUCCAGGAGCCAAGGGCAUCAAGGGAGAAAUUGGCAGUCCUGGAAAGCCAGGAAUCCCAGGAUCAGAUGGACCAUACGGACCAAAGGGUGAACAAGGAGCACCAGGUGAUGACGGUGCCUUUGGGAUUCCUGGGGAGAAAGGAGAAAAGGGGUCAAAGGGAAUUCCUGGUUUGGGAGGCUUCAAAGGACAAAUGGGAUGGCCUGGAAAAGCUGGAGUUGCAGGACCAGAUGGACCUCAAGGGCCCCAAGGCAAACCAGGACCACAGGGUCCACGAGGGAGAAGAGGAAGACCUCAGCUCUGCCUCAGAGGUCCUCCAGGCAUGGAUGGGCAGAAAGGAGUAAUGGGUGAAAAUGGUCCGGCUGGUCAGAAAGGAGAAAAGGGAGAUCCUGGUCUUUCUGAGGAAGAAGUGAAGGAGGUGGUCAGGAGCGAAAUGAGAGGCCAAUGCGAUUGUGGAGAUGAGCUGGGAAGAAUGCUUGUAGGAAAGGGCCUGGAAGCAAUUGAACUCAAGAGGCAGCUUCAAGGGUAUUUUCAGCCUCAAAAACACCCUGAAAGGGAUGGUGAAAACUGGGAAGAAAUGCCUAACAAAACCCAGAGCAUGACCACAUGGAUGACAUCAUCAGAGUCCUUCCUGGAAACACCUCCUCUUACGACAGCAGCUUCCAGUGUGCAGCCAAUAACAGGUCUUCCUCUGUACAAGCGCCGAGAAGCUCACGAUCAAUUACCAGCCCCCUGCCUACAGCCAAUGGACGAGGGCUCCUGUCGACACUACACCCUGCGCUGGUACUUCCACCCAGAAGCAAAAGCCUGCCGACCCUUCAUCUUUGGGGGAUGCCAAGGGAACAGCAACCGCUUUGAAACCAAAAGGAAGUGUGAACGGCGGUGCAAAACCUCAGCAGCAGUCAGAGGGAGGUGAUCAGCUGCAGUUGCCAUGCAUAAAUCAAAGAUAAAUGAAGCUGCAAGAAGUUUAUUUGGGACAUCUCAGAGACUCAACAAGCAAGACAAACCGUUUAACAUGAAGAAGCAGCAAUGUUGG